UCACCACACAAAGCACUUCUGUAACUUAGAUCACACAGGAGUGCCACAGGUACACAAGUCUUUUGACGUGGAAUUGACAUUUUUGGCCUUGAAAAGUUACUAUUAAUCGUAAAGGAUCACACCUUUACAUUAAAUCUGGAUUAUGAACUUUUGCGUGGAGUUUUCACACCUUGGGCGACUCACCAAAAAUAGAUUUUGCCUUGUUUGUCUUCUUUCUUGUCAACAAGAACAGCACAGGAAGAGAACAGGAGGCACUGAAAGGUCGUGUGUUUUGAACAGGUUUGAUAACAGGAAUGCCACAGUCUAAGAGUGAUGCUGGGAUUGGCAGGUCGAGGGGUGUUGGGGAUGGAGAGGGACGUCCUGUUCUGAAAGAGGAAAAGGAAGAUGAGGUUCAUGAUCAAAACAUCCUUGACUCGGACCAGGCUGGAGAAAACACAUCUUCUCAGAGUGCUGAUAAAGCAGCAAAUACAAGCUUUCUUCAGUUAGCAUUUCAGAAUCCUCAGCUGACCCAGAAUAGACCAUCUGUGCUCCGCUCCACCUCUCUACUACCUCUGGGACACAGUUUUUCUCGUCUCUUUCCAAACGAAUGUGACUCUGCAGUCAAAAGUAGAGAACAGAGCGCAGGAUUUAACUCAAGUCAAGCUUUAGUGUUCACCCAUCAACACAAAACACCCAGCAUUCAGUCCAACAGCCUCUUCCAGUCAGAAGCGAUAAGCUCUCUUUUUGUUAACGGACGAUGCCGCUGGCCUGGAUGUGAUGAACCCUUUGAAGACUUCCCUGUUUUUCUUAAACACCUGAACCAUGGACACAGCUGUGGAGAAAAAGCUAUUGCUCAGUGGAGGGUACAGCAAGAGCGGGUGCGGCAUAUGGAGAACCAGCUCAUUCAGGAGAAACAGCGACUGCAGGCCAUGCAGCUCCAUCUACGACUGUCUGAACAUACCUCAAGAGCAGCUCUAGGCUGGUGGAGUCCACUGGCAGCGAUCAUGCCUCCACCUGAGGAGCCAGAUGGAGGGGCAGAGUGGGCCAGCGACGCAGCGGGACGCCGGGAGUACUGGCCCACGCCUGCCCCUCACCUACUGUCAGAUUUCAUCAACAGCAUGGAAUGCUACAAAUAUGUCAAUAUCAGGCCACCAUAUACCUACGCCUUUCUUAUCAGAUGGUCAAUACUGGAGGCUCCGGACAAGCAAAGGGCCCUGAAUGAAAUCUACAACUGGUUCAUUCGAAUGUUCUUUUAUUUCCGUCACAACACUCCCACCUGGAAGAAUGCAGUGCGCCACAACCUCAGCCUCCAUAAGUGUUUUGUACGGGUGGAUGGAGGUAAAGGGGCCGUGUGGACUGUGGAUGAGAGGGAGUUUCAGAAAAGAAAAGGACAAAAGUUUAACAGGGAGUCUGCUUUGAAAUGGCUGCCAUCUUUCUCUCAUCCCUCUCAAGUAUCAUAAUCGUCUCUGCCUCUGACCUGCAGCCACCAGUAUUAAUGAAUGAUAAUUCAUAAUAAUAAUAAUAAUUGAUAAAUUGAUAAUGUUCUUGUUUUAUUUUUUUAGAACUAUACACUCUGUCCAAAAAAUAAUGCUAAACAAAACAGACGUUAAAAACAUUGAUGUUUUUUUUACAAUACAUAUUUUGCUCUUUAUUCUUACUUUUUAUUAGGAAAUAUUGUAUAUUAUUUUUAAAUAAUGUUGCAUUUCAUAAAUCUGCAGUAAUCCAAAGUGAUAUUCAGUAAAAAAAGAAGAAAAGCUUUUGCUUCUUAAAAAAGAAAGCAGACUACAUUGUAUUAUAUCAUAUAUGUCAUAUAUUUUUAAUGCCUUAUUUUUGUAUUGUAUAUACAGUAAAUGUUCCAAUGGAAUACAAUAGAUUUAUAUUCAUACAUCAAUG